AUGAAAGCGUACCAUCAGAUCCCGGUCGCCUCUGAGGACGUCAAGAAGACCGCUAUCACAACGCCCUUUCGUCUGUUUGAGUUACCGCCGAUGCCAUUUGGUCUACGGAACGCGGCUCAAACAUUCCAGCGAUUCAUCGACUUUGUCACGCGAGGUCUUCCGUUCAUGUUUGCCUACAUUGAUGACUUGCUCGUGGCCAGUUCCACAGCCGAGGAGCACGCCCAACAUCACCGACUCCUGUUCUCCCGUUUGGCUGACCACGGCAUCGUCGUCAACGUGCAGAAAUCUCCGCCGCGUCCUGGGACUGAACCGUCGCUUUACCGUCCUUUUUACCGUCGCUUUCUACAUCACUGCGCCACCACCCUUCGGCCUCUGGAGGCGCUUCUCUGCAAGUCCUCUCGUGGUGCGCGCACUUUGGCGUGGCCCGCCGAAGCUCAAUCGGCUUUUGAGAAGAUUAAGGGUGACCUCUCGGCCGCCGCUCUGCUUUUUCAUCCGAAGCAUGACGCCCCUACAACACUUAUGGUCGAUGCCUCGAACUUCGCUGUUGGUGCCGUGCUCCAGCAGCAGUUCUGCGACUCUUGGCACCCCAUCGCCUUCUCGAACAGUCUCAAGCCCACGGAACAACGAUACAGCACCUUCGGUCGCGAGCUUCUCGGUGCCUAUCUUGCUCUUCGGCAUUUUCUUGAGGGCCGCAAGUUUACCCUCUUGACCGAUCAUAAGCCUUUGGCCUACGCCUUUCAAUCCGCCAGCAGCAAGUACUCUCCCCGCGAGAUCCGGCAUCUCGCCUUCCUUGCUGAAUUCGGCGGCCGACAUACACUCCAAGACGUUCCUCAUCCUGGCUGCGAACUCAAGCUUUGUUGCGACGGGUCCACUGGUCGCCACCGCCCGCUCGUUCCCCUAGCAUCACGGCGCGCAGUCUUCUCUUGCCUGCACGAUCUGGCUCAUCCUGGCAUCAAGCCUACCCAACGUUUCAUCGCGGAACGCUUCGUAUGGCCUCCCAUGAACCGCGACAUCCGGGCCUGGGUACGAAGCUGGCUCGCUUGCCAGCGUUCCAAGGUCCACCGGCACACCUUCAGCCCCGUCGGCAAGUUCGCCACCCCUGAUGCACGCUUCUCCACAGUCCACCUUUACAUCGUCGGCCCGCUUCCCUCUUCAUCGGGAUACCGCUACGUCUUGACCGCCGUAGACCGGUACACCAGGUGGCCCGAGGCUGCGCCCAUGGAAGACAUGUCUGCAGAGACCGUCUCUGCUACCUUCCUGGCAACCUGGGUGUCCCGCUUUGGCGUGCCGUCACGGCGUACCACCGACCGUGGCCGGCAGUUCGAGAGCCGCCUUUUUGCCUCCUUCACCGCGCUCCUUGGCACCUCCAGGCUGCGGACCACCUCGUACCACCCCGCAUCAAACGGCUUGGUCGAGAGCUUGCACCGGCACCUGAAGGCCUCUCUCACCGCCUGUGACGACCGCGCCAACUGGGUGAAAAACCUCCCACUCGUCCUUCCGGGCAUUCGAGCCGCCCUCAGGCCUGACCUCGGCUGCAGUUCUGCCGAGCUGGUCUACGGUUGCGCCCUCCUGCUCCCUGCUGAGUUCUUCGCGCCCGGUUCUCAAGUCCUGGAGCCGUCUCAAUUCCUCGAACGCCUCCACCAUGCUUUUGCGACUCUACGCCCUGUGCCCACACGUUCCUCUUCAAGACGCUGCCCUCACGUCCCUCAAGAGCUCCACACGGCCUCCCACAUCUUCCUCCGCACGGACGCCGUGAGGAAGGCGCUCUAUCCGCCGUACUCCGGUCCGCACCCCGUCCUCCACCGGUCCGACAAGACCUUCGAGAUCUCCAUCGAUGGCCGGGUCGACACUGUCACUGUGGACACACUCAAGCCCGCCUACGUCGAGGCUGACGUCUCCUCCUUCGUAUCGAUACCUCCUUCCCCAGCGAACUUCCGCUCCCGCACCCACCGACCUGACGAAUACCUGGAUACAUAUGCGUAUGAUUUAUUCGACACCUACAACAAAGCUUAUCCAGGUUCUUCGACGCAGAUGAGAGACAGCAUGGUACGAGAUCAGUUUAUUCUAGGCCUCGACUCCGUCACCAGAGACAAGGUCACCUCUGCUAACCCUGCAACGCUUGCUGACGCGCUUCAAGUAGCCGCACGUCUUGCAGCUAUUCGCCAACUUACUCCAACUCUUUCCGCUGCAACGCACACAGUGGCGAACGUGUCACAGGCUACACCCACGACCGAUCCGCUUGCGGGACUUGCAUCAGCGAUAGCUGAAUUGGGCAGGAAAGUGGAUGCCCUUGCCACCUCUAACGCGUCGCAGAAUGCACGCCCUGCGAACGUCCCAGUGUGCUACCGCUGCGGCAAUCCGGGCCACCUCGCAAGGUCUUGUACACGGCGUCAACGAGGACAAGCCCAGUCCCGGUUGCCCCCAUAUCCGGCAACGUGA